AUGUGCCACACCUGCUCCUCCAUGGGCUGCCAGUCAGCCAGCUGCCUGCCCCCAUGCUGCAUCCCCACUGCCUGCUGCUCACCCUUGAGCUGUGGGAGCUCCUGCUGCCGCCCAGUGUCCUGCGUGACUUUGCUGUGCCGGCCUGUGUGUGGCAUGGCCAGCUCCUGCCAAUCACCCUGUGGGGCUGCCAGCAUCUGCUCCAGUGGCUGCCAGUCCCCAUGUGGUCCCUCGGCCUGUGGCCAGGCCUCCUCCUGCAGCUCAGCCUACUAUGUGCCCAGCCCCUGCCAGGUGACCUGCUGUGGUCCUGUGAGCUGUAAGCCGGCUGCAUGUGUGCCAGUGAGCUGCCAGUCUGCCAUGUGUCUCCCUCUGAGCUGCAAGCCCGCAGUGUGCAUGGCUCCCUCCUGCCAGUCUUCCUGCUACUGA